UUCUUAUUUUCCCUACAGACGCUGCCGAUACAAAGGCCUGACGCAGAAAUUCUGCGUCACCUGUAGCAUCAAGAUCAAGAUCAAGAUCAUCUAAACAAAACCUCGUGGGUCGAGCGCUGAGCUGCGCUGCUGUAUGGAAACAAUAUCGAGAUUUACUCUUGUGGUCCAUCACACUAUUCCAGCAGGACUGGUUCAUCCAACAGUCAACAAGGCAGCCAUCACCUGUCUUCUUCUCUCUCCAUUAACACUACGGCAACAAAACAAAUAUGCCUAAGUCUAAGCGUGAUAAAAAGAUUUCCCUAACUCAGACAAGGAAGAAAGGACUGAACUUCAAGCAGAAUCUUGUGGAGGAGAUACGAAAAUGUAUCGAUCUUUAUGCGAGAGUGUUUGUCUUUUCCUCACAACACAUCAAGACAAAUAAACUAAAGGAAAUACGAAUUGAAUGGAGCCACAGCAAAUUCUUCCUUGGCAAGAACAAGGUAAUGGCCCUAGCACUGGGGCGAACUCCAGAAGAAGAGAUUCAAGAAAAUCUGCACAAGAUCUCCCAGCGACUGGUGGGUCAGUGUGGCUUACUCUUCACAAAUGCCUCCAAGGAUGAAGUUAUGAAAUACUUUGAAAAUAGGAGGUAUCCUGUACCACCCCAUGCUGGAGAUGUAGCUUCCGAAACUGUUGAGCUGAAGAAAGGGCUCCUUCCCCAAUUUUCUCAUGCUAUUGAACCUCAUCUGCGCAAGCUGGGAAUGCCUACCAGGCUGGAGCGGGGUGUACCAGAGCUCAUGCAGGACUUUGUAGUGUGUGAGGAAGGCAGGCAACUCACUCCUUCCCAGGCCAGCAUUCUGAAACUGCUGGGCAAGGAAAUGGCAUACUUUCAACUGCAGAUGGAGUGGUGUUGGAACAGACUGGAUGGCAAAUUUGAGCAUCUGCAAGAUGUUAAUGGGAAGGAGAUUGAGGAUGAGAAAGAUGAGGAGUUGGAGGAAGAGGAGGAGGUGGAGGAGGAGGAGGAGGAGGAAGAGGAAUAGUAAAUGUAUUCUUGUAAUCAUAAUUAAAGUUUAUGAAGUUUA